GUGCCACCCCGAGUGAAGAGACGGAUCAAGGCUAGCCUGCAGAGCGGAGGUCCUACUGCUGUGUGUGGCUUCUUCUCCCCGAUUCCCGUUCUGUUUUCCCCCCGAGCCCUUCCACCCUCCGCCCCCGAGGACCCGUGCCGCCCUGUGCCACUCCUCACACCAUCCCUGCGUGUUCCCUGUCGUCGACUUCAGCUGAGGGUUCCUUGAUCUUCAACUUUCAUCCCUCUUCGUUUGACCUUUGACCUUCUUUGGUAAAAAUGGACAUCUCUUUGACGACGGAAAAUAAGGUGCCGGGAGAGGCCCCCUCGGUGACCCUCACCAUACGUCUCAUCAUGCAGGGAAAGGACGUCGGCAGUAUCAUUGGAAAAAAAGGAGAUACUAUAAAAAGGUUCCGUGAAGAGAGCGGCGCCCGCAUCAAUAUCUCAGACGGCUCAUCACCCGAGCGCAUCGUCACCAUCACAGGAUCCACAGAAAACAUCCUCAAGGCCUUCAAUAUGAUUGGCAAGAAGUUUGAAGAGGACAUGAAGGCAGCCCACGUGAACAGUUCUGUUCCUGUUCCACCAGUCACAUUGCGACUGAUCGUUCCCGCAAGUCAGUGUGGAUCGCUGAUCGGGAAAGGGGGAUCCAAGAUUAAAGAGAUCCGAGAGGUGACAGGGGCAUCUAUCCAGGUAGCUGGGGAUAUGCUGCCCAACUCCACAGAGAGAGCAGUCACUGUCUCAGGCACUCCUGAUGCCAUCUCACAGUGUGUCUACCACAUAUGUUGUGUCAUGCUAGAGUCUCCUCCCAAAGGUGCCACUAUCCCAUACAAGCCCAGACCGGCCAGUGGAACCAGCACCUCGGGCCCUGUGGUCUUCGCAGGGGGUCAGGUAAAUGCCUACACAAUACAGGGUCAAUACGCCAUCCCUAACAAUGAUCUCACCAAGCUCCAUCAGUUGGCCCUGCAGCAAACCCCCUACAUCACCCCUGGAACGACCCUCCCUGCUGCCCUUGCAACACAGUUUGGAGUGCAGACUGCGUCUCAGCCGGGUAACCCGUCCAGCCAGACCACACACGAGCUGACCAUACCCAAUGAGCUAAUUGGUUGCAUCAUUGGAAAGGGAGGUUGCAAGAUCAAUGAAAUCAGGCAAUUGUCAGGAGCGACCAUAAAGAUUGCGGGGAUGCAGGAGGGCUCGACAGACCGGCAAGUGACGAUCACGGGCACGCCCGAGUCCAUCAGCACUGCACAGUUCUUCAUCAACACCAGCUUAGAGCUGGCCAAACGCUUGACCCCCGACCUGACCACGCCCACCACCGCUCCCUCCUCUACGUUGAAUCCCACUUCCCUGGGGGUGGGACAGGGUGGCACGCCCACCCCCCUGGCCGUCCCCCUGAGCAGUCUGAUGUCGUUGAAACCAGUCCCGCUGCUCGGACUCGCACAAGCGGGCUUACUAGAUGCGACCAGUAGAUCGUCCUACACAGCAAAAGUGAAAAACGCAACGGGGACGGGGACCUCGGGGGCGAAGAAAUCCGAUCGCAAUAAGUUUGCACCGUACUAGAGGGGCGUAGUAGUGUAUGGGAGUCGUCUGGUCACAGGGCGCUACCGACAGUAACAGUGGACAACGCUCGUAGGUACUGGGUACCUAGCAACACGAACAAUUCACCUGUAAAAGUCAUUGCACAAAGCCUAUAUAAUACUAUCCCAGAUAUAACUCAUGUACAAAGUCCAACGUGGUGCUGUCUCAAGUGCCAUCGUCCUGCUUCUAAGCUAAUAGUAGUAGUAGUAGGAAUAGUAGUAGUCACAGUCACGUAUUCUUGUAUUCUUACAAACCAUCAGCAGCCCACUAGAUGUUUUGUGUCGUCACAUUGUACAGAUUCAUCCCAGUCAGACGUACAUACAUAGCUGUAGUCAGUCACACACAGAACAAAUAUGUGUUCUCCAGUUGAUUUUCACUACAGCAACUGUAGUGCGAAGCCGGUCCACUGUUGCUGUCAGCAGGGCCUGACACUGUGCACCUGUAAGGUGUACUAGACAUGGAGGGCAGGGAUAAAAAGGGUCGGUAGCAGGACAACGGAUUACGCUCCAAACGUAACCAUUGCUACCACCACAGUGCAUGUGCCAUACGCCAGCAUGUAUUCUCUAGACUUGUAUGGAUAACUCUAGGGCUAGUAGCCGACUGCGUAGGUUGCUAGUUUUCUACUUUUAAACUUCACAUUCCUUGAGAAAAGUAUAUGGCUAUAUUGUGAUUAAAGAAGAUGAAAGACUGGCUGUAAAUGUUAAGAUGUGCAGGGUAACAUUUUGUGAUCAUGAUAAGAAGAAAUUUUUGCAUUUGUAGUGCACAUAUUAAAGUGAUAGUAGCACAAUGAGUGAUAUGCUGGUCUUGAACAUGAAGCAAUAAAUUAUUACCAUUGGUAACAAAGUUAAAUAAUGUAUACUUUACCUGUAAUUAAUGUAUAUCUCUAGGAAUGUAUUGUAAGUGGGACAUUGAUAUGUAGAAGUAAGCAUGAAGUUUGUUUUUGGACUGGAGGGGUGGUGAGGUCGGACUAUAGUGGUGUGUACUUGGCUGUAAAUACUAUGAUGCCUGUGCAGUGCAUGAGUUAUUGGUAUGCCGUGUGUUACUCUGUUGUAGUACUAGACACCGAUUAUUGUGUUCUCACAUAGAAACUUUCUCCUUUAUUGUUGUUGGUAUUCCGAGACUGCUACUACCCCUCUAGAGAACUACCUCUGCUGGCAAUGUUGCUGUGAAUUCUUGUGUUUUUUUUUAUUUUAUUCCUUCAUCCAUUCACUUCUAACAAGAUGAUGUUCUGUUGAAGAUGUCCAUUAUAUUGCCUGUGUACUGUAACCCUGUUCCUUAGACUGCAUGGUAGUCUAUCGUUAAACAGUUGUUCAUGAGACAAGAGAGGUAUCACUUGUAAGUCUCCAAUAUGGUGUAAUUUCUGGUUUUUAUAGGCUGAGAGAAGAGGUCAGCGGAAUGGGAGGGCUAGUCCUGUGAUUUCCCCAUCAUGCACUGGAUUACCCAUGAUGCCCUGGGAUUACCCAUCAUUCAAUCUGUUUUAUCCAUCAUGCAUUGUGAUCAAGAAGUAAUGUUGGAAUUAAUAAUAAGGAAUGAUCUGACCAAGAUUUUGAUUUUAGUGAUUCAGAAUCACUAUUUUCUUUCUUUUAGCCAAUUCUGUAUCCUUGUAUUUGUUUCAGAACUGCAUAUUUAUCCUGCAGUGUUGUUUUGUAAACAUUGUCGGCUUGCGACCAUUAAAUUAUGGCCAGUGUAGUGAAGUCAACCUGAUUGUUCAUGGAAUUUUCAUGUGGGACCGACCGGCCAUUUUGUUCUGAUGAGUAAAACUGAUAUGUUUUAUGUUGGUGAAUGAGUAUGUUGAGAAGAAAGAGGAACUGGAACUGGCAGGGCUGUUAUACUCAAGGGUUGUAUCUUCAGUAAUAACAAAGUCUUUGCCAUGAAAAUGGACCUUCUUUCCUGACAAGGAAGUUUGAACCGAAAGGAGUGGAACGCUAUGAGAAGUCUACCACAUUAACUUUUACAUGGACUACUUGAUUCUUGCUUUGUACAGUCGAAUGUGUUCCUCAUUAUUGUUAUCAUUGUGGAAAAAAAGACUGCUCUUAUUGCUUGUACAGGCCAAAGCUAUAAAAAGUAAGCUUGCAUUUUACCUAUCAUUCCAGCUGGUAUAAGAUUCUGUGUGGUUGUUCUUUCUUCAGCAGCAGAAAACAGACAUUUUUAGAACUUCAUGUAACUCCUACAGAAACAAAGUGUUGUAAAGAUAUAUACUGUACAAUAGUUGUAGUAGUCAUAGGAUAGACAAAGUCACCAACAUCAUGGAGUAAUAUUUAAAGGGAGGUUCCUUUUUACGGGUUAUUCAGUUGUUGACUUGCCAGGAAAGUCAGUUUAUCACAUUUGUUGAAACGUGAAACAUCUUUUCUUUGAUACCAUGUUACCUCAAGAAGUGGUAUAUGGACUGUACCAAAGGUUGGAGUGGGGGGGGGGGUAGUUGAAAACUGUGCCACUGGAUUUCUUUAAGUUGAUCAUACAUAUGUACAUCAAUAAAGAAAAUGUUCAAGAGUUAAUACAAGAAUAAACCAUUUAGUUUUGAAGGCAGUUGUGUGACAGCAUUGAGUCAGAGAAAGUGAACAAGAUAUGUUGGUCUCUAUGCCCACUGAUGUGUAUAUUGUCCCUUAUACAUCAUUGUACAAACCACCAACUUUCUACCUUUGUAUUUUUUUUUCUUUUAAUACCAUUAAGUAUUUUGUCUUCAACCAAGAGGUAUGGAAGCAAGUUUGAAUAAAAGGCAGUUCCCAAUUGUAUCUGAAGACUGUGAUAAUAUACUAUGAAAUGUUGAUAGGUAGUUUGUACCACUUUUCCCCUGUAUUCUGCUGCUGAAGAAAGCGGCUGCCAAGGAUGUCUAUACUGGUGUCUGGGAAUGACAAUAAAAGCUGUAACAACA